CGUGUGUUUUUUAUUAUUUAUUUAUUGAAAUUGGCUGCUUGAACCAAAAACAAAAAAAGUCGGAGGAGAAGAUGAAUCAUCAAACUCGGUGCAAGAGAGGAGGAGAAAGGAGGAGACUACCACUGAACUGAACCAGAAUUCCCGCUCUCAUUCAAUUUCCAGCCCGCCAAUAUCAGAGGAUGCAGAAGAAACUUUCAAGGCGGCGAAGAGGCACUCGUCGUCCUAAGAAAUGCAACAAGCUCUUACACCUCCCACUUUUCUCAGGUCAGAUUUAUAGGAGAAGGAAGUUACUUGAACAAGGGUUGAGUCCCCUUGUUGAGAAGUAUUGGUUUCAGAGAUAUGAUCUCUUCUCGAGAUACGACGAGGGGAUCAGAAUGGAUGAACAGGGCUGGUACUCUGUCACGCCUGAACAGAUUGCAAUCGGGCACGCCAAGAGAUGCCAAAGAACAACUGUUAUCGAUUGCUUCGCGGGCGUUGGCGGCAAUGCCAUUCAGUUUGCUUCAUUGCGUUGUCACGUUGUUGCCAUUGAAAUUGAUCCCCUAAAGGUGGAUAUGGCCAUUAACAAUGCAAAAAUAUAUGGAGUGGAAGAUUACAUUGAUUUUAUUGUUGGAGACUUUUUUGAACUUGCACCAUCGUUGAAGGGGGAUGUAGUGUUCCUUUCACCACCUUGGGGAGGCCCAUCGUACACAAGGGUAAAGAAAUUUACACUUGACCUACUCAAGCCAAAAGAUGGGUACGCAAUAUUUCAAGCUGCUCAAGCGAUAACGCCCAACAUCAUUAUGUACUUACCGCGGAAUGUGGACUUACACCAAGUGGAAGAACUCUGCUGGUUGUCUGCUCCUCCUCUAGACGUUGAGAUUGAAGAAAAUUAUGUGCAGAGCUCUCUAAAGGCUAUAACAGCCUACUUCAGUGGUGCAUCAUCCACUCAAUGUAUAUGAAGAUGUUAAUCGCUUGCUGAAUUUGCUGUUUUUCCAGUUUGUCGCUCCCCGAUUAUAAGUUUUCGUUGACCACAGCCUACAGGAACCAAUUUGUAAUACAAGUGAGUUUAGGGUUGUUUUGUUAGACACAAACAUACAUACGGAGAAGGUUCAGUUAACUUC